AUGCUUGUCUCUGCCGUGCAGGUCCGUAUCUCGUUCGUGACAGUCCGGGACGAUCCGCGUGGGCGCCGUGUUGAUUUCGUGUCGCUGCCGGAACAUUUGAUCAUGUCAACGGAUCUGGUGGUGUUGAAUGUGACUGAAACAGCCAGUCGCAGAUUUCAAUCGAAACUUUUUUAUUGGGAGGAUUUUGUGAUUGGUGCUUACCUGGUGAUUAUAUGUUUCUUUGCGGUGACGCUAAACGUGAUGGUCGUGUUCACGUGUUUCUCCAACUGGUCCCGCUUGUCCCGUAACGACCGUUACAUCAUCAACCUAGCCAUCAGUGACAGCCUCAUGCCUCUCUGCGCCUUCCCACUCACCAUCUCAUCCUCGUUCUCUCACGAGUGGAUCUUCGACAAAAUAGGUUGCACAAUAUAUGGGUUCCUUGGAUUUUUCUUCGGGCUCAUCAGCAUAUUGACAUUGACAGUGAUGGCGAUUACACGCUAUUGCGCCAUAUGCCGACCGAAUAUCAAUCUUACAACACAGAACUGGUCCUUUCUGCUGCUGGUGUUGCCUUAUAUGUUCGGCCUGAUCUGGGCCUCUAUCCCUCUCACAGGCUGGGGAUCGUAUUCCGAGGAGAUGUACGGCAUAUCGUGUUCCUUACAAUGGGCUGACAAUAAAAUAUUUACAACACUGGUAUCUCUGUUUUGCAUCAUGACACCGGCGGCUCUGAUACUAUUCGCCUACGGCCGUAUAUUACUCACCUCCAAGAAGAGUACGAAAGCGAUGACUAGCUACUCCAACAUCACGGUAGCAAAGCGGAAGCAGCUGUCUAAUAGAGAGUCCUAUCUCACAAAGGUGUCCCUCUUUUGCAUCAUGACGCCGGCAGCUCUUGAUACUGUUCCCCUACGGCCAGAUAUUGCUCACCUCCUGGAAGAUUUCAAAGGCGAGUGUCGAUACUCCGACAUCACGAUUGAUAAACGGAAAACAACUUUCCAAUAG